AUGUUAAAUCUUAAGAAGAAACAAGAAAGUCAGGUGGCUCCACUAAAGCAAAAACAAAGAAGUGAUGAAGCUGCAAAGCGGUUGCAAGAUGGGAAACAGUGUAUUAAGGCGCAGAAGGGUCAAAUACAGCAGAAGAUAAAGCAAGAGGCAGAAUGUUUUCGGCAAUGGAAGGCAUCUCGUGAAAAGGAACUGCUGCAGCUAAGGAAGGAGGGCAGGAGAAAUGAGCAUGAACGGCAUAAACUGCAAGCUCUGAAUCAAUUCCAGAAAAUGGUUCUUCAAAGAAAAACAGAAGCUGCAAUAGCUACUAAGAGGCUAAAAGAACUGAUAGGAGUCCAUAAGUGUGCAGCACUUGACAACCGGGGUCAGUACAAGUCAUUCCACGGAAAUACACUAAAUGUGCAGAGAAAUGAAAAAACUUUGCAACGGUGGAUUGACCUGGAGCUAGAAGCAAUGGUGAAUGCACAUGCAGCUCGUUUUGAAUAUGAGAAGCAAAGCCAAGUACAAACUGCAUUUGCAGAGGAGUUACCCUUAGUGAAACAAGUUGAUCAGUUUUCUUCAGAUGGUCUUAGUCCCCCACAAGGGAAGAGUGAAAAUUUUAGAGUGUCCUCUAUGUCACCAAAUGCAAGAUCAGCUAGAGUUGUUUCACCCGUAAACAUGCUGACCACCUCCUCAAAUGCCAUAGUUGCAAUGGCUUUGCAGCUUUCAGAGAAAGAAGAGCGGGAGCGUGGUUUCACUGCUGGUGGACAUUGGAACUUAUUACGUUCAUUGGGAGGUGCAAAAACCUUGCUUCAGUAUAUGUUUUAUGCUGCUACGGAUGCAAGGUGCAACAUACUACAAAUCUAA